UGGAACGUUGACAAUGCCACCGAGAACGGGCCGUCAUCGCUGCAAGUGCUGCUCAUGUGGCUUCUGACCCCAGGAAACUACGAGCGUCUGCACUCCAAGCAGCGCAACAAAGCCAUAUCCAGUAUUCUGUCUGCGCUCAAGAAGAACGGGAUCCACCACCGCUCCGAGUCGAGCAUCCGCAGCAAGGUCAGCGUUAUUGAGAACCAGUACUUAGCUGCCAAGCGGUGGCUGGACGACCGAGCCAUGCGCGGCGACAAUAUCGUCAACGGUUCUGCCGACGCCGACUCGGAGGCCCAGGUGCUGGCCUUGUGCCCUCACUUCAUCGAGCUCUUCCCUGAACUUCGGCACUCCUUGGUAGUGCGUGACCCGAACGUCCAGCUAAUACACUCGGAUCUCCAGCGGCAGGUGGCUGAGAUCAAGCUCGAGCACGUCAAGAAGGAGAGCAAAGCGGUGCUGGAGAACGACGACAAGAUGCGCGCGGCCAUGUUGGAGUGCGACAUCGAGGUCAAGCGGGAGCGAGGGCAAGUGCAGCUACUGCUGGAAAAGGUGCUGGCUCGUCAGACCAUGAAGAAGGAGGGGGUCCCCAACGAGGAAAUCGACAGCAUCCUGCCGCUC